ACUAAAAAAUGUAUUUUAUUUAAAACUCAUUUAGCUCCCAACUAUUCAAGGUCUGACAUCUAAACCAGAUGGGUUGAACUUGAGAUUAUUUGCUCUGUAUCCACAGGUGUUGAGAGAGAUAUCCUCUCUGACUUUACACAGCUAUCAAGGCAAUAAUGCUAGGAAAACCAUUAAUCAAAAUUUGAUAGUGCCUAUCUGCAAUCAGAAGAAGAAAACAAAGAACACCUUGGACUAUAAAAGCAGGUAAAACACACCCAAAGGAUCUAGUCAGUCACAAUGUUGACGUUCUUGCUUCUUGUGACUCUGGCCCUAGCAUCUUCUCACCAUUCUGGUGAGCACUUUGAAGGUGAGAAGGUGUUCCGGGUCAAUGUUGAAGACGAAAAUCACAUCAACUUACUCCGUCAGUUGGCCAGCACCACCCAGAUUGACUUCUGGAAACCAGAUUCUGUCACACAAAUCAAACCUCACAGUACAGUUGACUUCCGUGUAAAAGCAGAAGAUAUUUUCACUGUGGAAGAUUUUCUGGAGCAGAAUGAACUACAAUAUGAGGUGUUGAUAAGCAACCUGAGAUCUGUGCUGGAAGGUCAAUUUGACAGCCAGGUCCGUUCAACUGGACACAGUUAUGAGAAGUACAACAAAUGGGAAACGAUAGAGGCUUGGACUCAACAAGUCACCAGUGAGAAUCCAGGCCUCAUCUCUCGCAGAGCCAUUGGAACCACAUUUGAAGGACGCACUAUGUACCUCCUCAAGGUUGGCAAAGCUGGACCAAAUAAGCCUGCCAUUUUCAUGGACUGUGGUUUCCAUGCCAGAGAAUGGAUUUCUCCUGCAUUUUGCCAAUGGUUUGUGAGAGAGGCUAUCCGCACCUAUGGACAAGAAAUCCACAUGACAGAACUUCUCGACAAGUUAGACUUUUAUGUCUUGCCUGUGGUCAAUAUCGACGGCUACGUCUACACCUGGACCAAGAACCGAAUGUGGAGAAAGACCCGUUCCACCCAGGCUGGAACUACCUGCAUUGGCACAGACCCCAACAGAAAUUUUGAUGCUGGUUGGUGCAAAAUCGGAGCUUCUCGAAGCCCGUGUGAUGAAACUUACUGUGGACCUGCUGCAGAGUCUGAAAAAGAGACCAAGGCCCUGGCUAAUUUCAUCCGCAGCAACCUCUCUUCCAUCAAAGCAUAUGUGACAAUCCACUCAUACUCCCAAAUGAUGCUCUACCCUUACUCCUAUGAUUAUAAACUCACAGAGAACAACGCUGAGUUGAACGCCCUGGCUAAAGCCACCAUAAAAGAACUUGCCACCCUGCAUGGCACCAAGUACACAUAUGGCCCAGGAGCUACAACAAUCUAUCCUGCUGCUGGAGGCUCUGAUGACUGGGCUUAUGACCAAGGUAUCAAAUAUUCCUUUACCUUUGAACUCCGGGACAAAGGCAGAUAUGGCUUUGCCCUCCCUGAAUCCCAGAUUCGGCCAACCUGUGAGGAGACGAUGCUGGCCAUCAAGUACCUUGCCAGAUAUGUCCUGGGACAUCUGUACUAGCAGAGAAUAAUGACAGCCUUAUUUCAAAGUGCUCACUCUUUGUCUCUUUCCUAUCCUGAAUUCUUAUUUUAGUCUGCCUGGAUAUUUUCUAGACCCCAAUAUUUCUUUUAAGCCUCUAGUCUAUUAAACUACUUGGA